AUGGCUACCCGUCGCCAGCGUGUAAUAGCACAAGGUCUGGCAGAUCUGCGAGAUUUCAUAGACCGCGCAGAUCCCGAAGAUGUCACAAACCUCACAAGCCUCACAGACCUCGUGGAACUGUUCGGAGAUGUACCUCUCAGGAUUAUGGAAACAGCUCCCACCCCUCCAGCUCAAGACACACCUCCCAUCUUCGGAUCUAGAGAACCCUCAGACUUUCAGAUCAGAGAUGCACCUCACAGGAUUAUGGAAAUAGCUCCCACCUCCACAGCUCGAGACACACCUUCCAUCUCCAGACCUAGAGAAGCCUUAGACUUUUGGAUCGGAGAAAUGCUUUGCUUCCGUCGCAGUGCCCUCUGCAAAGAUAUGACACAGGCCCUCCACAACCUUCUAGCCAAUGGAAGAAGAGGCCGCGCACCAGAACAGGACUCAAUACUCCAGCGCUAUCACGUCGUCAGAAUGGGAAGCAGGGCGCCCGGGCUCGGACAUAGCAUGCGAUGGGAGAACUGCGACCGGGCGCCGGGUGUCGGAUCCUGCCAUGACGAUCUCCGGUGCUUCAACCCAAACGAGUGCGCAAUCAACUACGUGAACUGCUUCUGUCUCGACCGUGAUGUCUUCCGCCGGCGCGACAUCGAAUGCGACCAGGCCAACAGGGUCUUUGACUUGUACAAAACUCAACUUCCCUCUCGAUAUGCCCAGGGAUGCUCCAACGCGGUUACAAACAUGUUCUUCAGUUUAUUCGUCGACAGGCACGACAAUGACGACUGGGAUCCGACGGUUCACGGAGUUCUGUUCUGCAAUUACUUUAACAAGUUCCAAAAGUUCACCAAUGAUUUCUAUUUUGAGAUUAUGGCUACUAGGGCAAGAGGAAACAUGAGGGAGUUCCAUGCUGGAAGAUGGUGCUGA